AUGAUAAAGUCGCUAGCUUUUCUUAUCCUUUUAAACUACUUAUUCUACUUGUGUGAUUGCGGAACACUGCCAACUUCACAAGCAACUGAACAAACACUGAUAACAGGCUUGUUAAGUACAUAUAAUAAAAUUAUAAGACCAAAUACUACAGUAUCUGUUGAUAUCACUGCUGCACUACAACAAAUUGUGGCUAUAGAUGAAAAACAACAAACAAUGACAACAAGUUUAUUUAUUUCACAAACUUGGGUGGAUAGUCGAUUAUCAUGGACACCUAGUUCAAACGGUAAUAUCGAUGUAGUUAUGCUGCCAGUUACAAGUUUAUGGAUACCAGAUACAAUGAUAUUGAAUUCAGCAGAUUCAAGUGGUUAUCUCACAGUGAGUACUUAUAGUUUGGCAUCCGUUGAAAGCUCCGGCCAGGUAUAUAUGAUAUUACCCGCAUUAACGGUAAAAACAAGAUGUAAUUUUAAUGUUCAAUAUUUUCCAUUCGAUAAACAAGUAUGCAGCAUCAGUUUAACAUCAUGGAGUCAAGGAUCUAGUAGACUAGUAUAUACAGAAAAUAGUACUGCAGUAAUUGAUAUUAGUGGAUAUACCGAACAUCCUUUAUGGAAACUGAAUGGAACAGAUAUGAUUGUAGUUCGAUCAGAAGAUAGAUCACCAUUUGAAGAUAGCUUUGUUGACGUCAUAACAAUACAAUUAUAUUUACAAAGAAAACCAUUGUAUUUUAUCAUGAAUGGUAUAUUUGCAUGUUGGAUAUUAAAUUGUGUUACUUUGCUAUCAUACACAUUACCCUUUGGAUCGCAAAUUGGUCUAUGUAUGACAUGUUUUAUGACCUAUUCUGUUUAUUCAUUGAAUUUUUCCAAUCUAUUUCCACAACAAUCUCAAUAUUUAAUGAUGAUUACAUUAUACUUUUUAUUAUCAAUAUGUUGGACCUUAAUAUCAAUGAUAUGGUUUGUCAUAUGUAAUCACUUUAUAUCAAAAGCUGAAAUGCCAAAGUUUCUUUAUAUUUUUGCUGGACUAUUGCAAAAAAAAGUAUUUCUUUUUUGCUUUCCACCGCCCAAAGAUGACAAGAAAAAAGAUGUUAU